GGUUUUAUCCCCAGGUUCUUCUACUUCCGUGCAUCCGGUUUGUUAGGGCUUGCAGGGGGAAGAUCUGUAGUUGGCCGAUCCCUUGCGCCUCAGCUGGAGAUCGGGAUUUCCGAAGUUAUCCCGUGAUGAAUGGCAGGAGCAAUGGGAAUGCAUAGCUCAAUGUCGACAGGACGCUUAAUGCCGAGCCUGAUGUUGUCUCACUGCGACGAUUGUUGUUAUCGCUGUUAGGCUGAAGUUGCUUCUUUCACCCCUCUUAUUGUUUUUUCCCGGGGGGACUUUAUAUGAACUACAUACUUUUACUUCUACUACAACUACCGAGCGAUCUACUUCUAUCACUGCCACUACUACUGCUACUACUACUGCUACUACUACUACUACUGCUGCUACUAUUACUGCUAUUACUGCUACUACCAUGUCUCAGCCGAUUGCUCCGGUCGACGCCAUGGCCAACAAGCCGCCGAGAAAGCGGAAUGUGAUUACAAGAGGGAGGACGGGGUGCUUGACUUGUCGGAAGAGGAGGCUGAAGUGCGAUGAGAACAAGCCCGGGUGCAAUAAUUGCAGGCGUAUCAAGGCAGUGUGUGAAGGCUACAACCAGAAGAUCACCUUCAAAGACCAGACGAACUUGACGGUCGAGAAAGCCAAGAAGGCUGCUAGGAAGAAGGCCCGGGCGUCGGAUGCCGCUAAUGAAGAUACUAACAGCGACGAUACAUUGUCGUUCAGUGCUGAGGAAGUGUCUUCUACAACCACAGUCACGCAACAAGCGUCGUUUCCGUCAGCUCAGUUUGUGAAUUGUUCGGUUGGUCUCACGUCGCCCGAGACCGUACGAAACGACAGCUUCGAUUCACAGGAUGGUCUCGUGCUCCAGGGCGCUCUUCUCGAAACUCCGCCUAUGUCGACAGAUGAUUUCUUAUCGUCGCCUGUUAUGACCUCUUUGAAUACCGGUUACCUGACACCGACUUCGCCAGCGUCGAUCGACUUCCUCCCUUCUCCCACUCAGGGUGUCCCCAACGCGACACUCAGUCUCGUCGGAGCGUUUGAGUUUCCAGAGGAUUACACCUACUUUCAAUAUUCUGCUGGUGGCAGUUUUGCUAGCAUCUCCAAGGUUCUACCCCUAGCAGAACUAUUCCAAUCAGAGCCCAUGUCGUCCCAUGUGUAUGAUGCAGCGAUUGCUCUGGCCGCACUUACCCUAUCCAACUCCAAGUCAGAGCCCGCCAACGCCAGAUCUAUACGCCGGCACGCAUUCCAUCACAGCCUAAAGGCUAUACAGAGCUUGCAGAAUGAUAUAUCACAAACUGGGAAGCUGAGGGCAUCGACGUCGUCAAACUCUCUCCAUGUCGAUACAACGCUCUCACUCUUUGCCACAAUCAUGUUAGCGGCCAAUUUCGAACUCCAGCGGAACUCCGUUUUGCACUGGCACUCGCAUAUGCGAGGGGCCGCGUUAUGUCUCAACGUUGCAUAUCCGGAGCUGAUGAAGAAAAAUACCGGGAUGUUGCUGAUCCGUGCGUUUUCACGGAUGGCUCUCCUGCUCCGUUUGUAUAACGAGGAGUACUCCGUGACGACAUCAAGGUUCAUGCCAGAGCAUCUGUCAACUUGGCUGAACGAACUCCUCCGCGACUCGUCCAGCUUACAUGACCGAAUCCUCCUCUUCGUCGAAGAAGUCACAGCCCUCGAGAUCAAAAAACGCGAACACCCAUCCCUCAAAACCGCCAUGGCUGAAAGCGAAGACCUCCUCCGCCGCCUCAGAAAAUGGCGAAAUGACCUCCCACCCUCCGACAUUCCCGUCGACGACCACACCGGCGCCUCCUUAACCAUCUCCACCACCGCCAACCCAUCCACCCUAAUCCGCAUCCCGGCCCUGCACUUCCCCAACUCCUCAGAUCCCUGCAUCGCUGCCGUAAACUACGCCUCCUACCUCUGCACCCGCAUGCGCGCACUGACCCGCUACGCGCAAAACCACAACUGCCCCAACACCCUAGACCGCAUCCUCCCACCGGAAACCGAACAAACAGCGCUCACAAUCUGUCGCAUCGCAGCAUCCAACCCGCCCUCCCACUUUGGCGACUCCUUCACUUACUCCUAUGGCAUGCUCCCCUCCGUCGUCGGCGCGUACCGCUGGUCCAGUAACCCCAGUCUCCGCGCGUGGGCUAAACACUGGCUCAUGGGCUACCGGAUGACAAAGGAGGGUAUCUGGAAUAUUGGAUAUACGCUGAAGUUGAUUAAGAAGAUGGACAGUGAAGCACAGGGGGAUAGGCAGGCGUUUGUGGCAAUCCGGGUAAUUGAUGAGCCUGUUGAUGCGUCGCCGGAGGCGGAGGAGGGGGGUGGGGAGGGGCCGUUUAAGGCUGUGUUGAGUACGAGGGGGGUGGAGGGGCCGAGGUCGGAUAUUAUUAUGGUUAGUUGAUUGAUAUUGGUUUGACUGGGUUGGUGUCUUCUCUGGGCUUUAUGAGUUUAUGAUAUCACUUUGUUACUUCAGUUUUUUAUCAACUUUCUAUACAGAACUCGUCAAGGCCAAAUAAGUGACAUUCCAUUGGAAGGG